AUGCAGCCGCCAACCACAUGGAAUCAUAUAUUCUGCUCAUCUGGGCAGAAUGAAGAUGUACUUUCUGUUGCCUCUACAGACUACUCACAGCCAUCAACGGAGCCUGAAGAGCACAUCCCAGCAACUGAUCCGUUGGAGAUUGCUCAUUUGUGGUCAUCAGUAUUGGAAGCGGUAGGCGCUUCUGAAGAAAAAAUCUUCUCUACAGAGUCAUCAGUUCCAGACGAUCAAAUUAUCAAUUAUCCUCUUAACGAACCAGCUACUUUCGGGCAAUAUUCGAAUCUGAUGGGAAAGAAUGCCCAGCAGUUUGGUCACUCACUGCCAACCAUGAGUUCAUCACAGAGAGCCGUCCACUGGGGCAAGCUCGAUCAGACAGAAACCAAGCCAGAACCAAAUGCAAGAGCACCCUCUAGGGUCCGUGGCCGAGCGCCAAAUGCAGUAACUACUCCGGCCAGUGACGCACAGGAAGACAUGCCUUGUAACAUUGGAAAGGACGAACUAGCCACCACGUCUGCACAAGAUCACUUUCACUCUAUGCUCGGGCACGGAUCAGCAGCGGGGACAAACAACCCAAAGAGCUCAACCCAGCAUGACAAAGAUAGUGCAUUUUAUGAACGCGUCUCUCGUGAUUACAAUCUGUUAAUGGCCUAUCGGUAUUCAAGUUAUCCCCUCUCUUCCCUGAUCCAUGAUCGGUUCUUCAGCCUAGAUCCACCUUACGCUGCCCCGAACUAUGGACCGCCAAGCGCUGUAAAAGUCCACAACUUUGGCAUCAAUGUCGAGCAUAUUCAGUGGAAGACGUCCCCUGACUCGCUGUCUGAGUGCACCACAUCGCCGCAACCUUUCUCCUGUACCUUUUGGCUCGUCGUGGAGGCUCUUGAACAAGACGUUCGCGAGUAUUUGACAAAUUACACCUGCGUGAUAGGCGACAACUUGGUUUUUCCUUAUCUUACUAUCGAUUUUCGAAAAGACGACGAACGACUCCAAGGAGCGAGACGACGAGCAGCAUGCAAUGCCAAGCAAGCUCUCUACAACCGGUAUUGCUUAUACAUGGAGACUUCAAAAGAGUGUCCCGAAGCUGCCGGAGCACUGAACAACGCCCUUCACUGUCAUUUUACAAUCAUCUUUGAUGAUAUGAACUGCGAAUGCUGGCAGAUCACUCCUGAUCAUGACAAUGAAUGGACUGGGAAGGGCUGUACGAUGAAGCGAAUCUUCUCUGCAUCGUUGCUUGGACCAAGUGGUCUCAAAAGGCUGCACGAAUGGAUCAAUGAAAUCCACCAUUGGGCUACAACAAAGUAUGGUCCUGCAUGUGCCAAGGAGAUCCGAACCCGUUUACAAGCGAGGAACGCAAAGAAGACGGGUACAGUAGCUCAGUAG